UGCCUUACUGUCGUAAAGACGCUUUUUUUUUACGACAGUUGUUCCUUCUGGUCGUUUCCGACUGUUCGUGGUGCAUGGUAGAAAAGGUAGCUGCUAUGACGUGACAUUUGAGUGAACGUUUAACAAUAUAAGUAACCUUGAGGUCCUGGUGUCAUGUCCUUAGAGAUGGACCCGGUUGUGCUGAGCUAUCAGGACAGCUUGCUGAGGCGCUCGGACGUUUCGCUGCUGGAAGGCCCCCACUGGCUCAAUGACCAGGUGAUUGGCUUUGCCUUUGAGUACUUGGCCAUGGAGCGCUUUAAGAGCCUGGGUGACAGCGUGUGCUUUAUUAGCCCUGAGGUCACCCAGUUCAUCAAGUGCGCGUCAUGCCAGGGUGAGCUGGCCAUCUUUUUAGAGCCACUGAGACUAGCGCGGCGUCGCUGGGUCUUUCUAGCAGUCAAUGAUAACUCCAACCAGGCGGCUGGGGGCUCACAUUGGAGCUUGCUGCUUUACCAACGCAGCUCUGGUCAUUUCUCCCACUACGACUCGCUGAGUGGAGGCAAUGCCACACAUGCCCAGCGCAUUGCUGCAAAGCUCCAGUCUUUCCUGAAUGCCGGGACCGAGGUGCUCUUUGUAGAAGAGCCAUGUCCCUUUCAGCAGAACAGCUAUGAUUGCGGCAUGUACGUCAUCUGUAACGCUGAGGCUCUGUGCGAAAGCGCUCAUAUCGGGGGAUGCGCUAGGCUUCCAACGAACACCAUCACGCCCUCAUACAUCACCAGGAAGCGGACAGAAUGGUAUUCGCUAAUUCAAAGACUUGCAAAAGACUAAGCACGAGAGACAUCUUUCCACAUGUUGCUUAUAAAUAAAGUCCGCAUUUACAACAGCUAAUUCAGCUCAACAACAAAGUAGUGGAAGAUUUAAUCAGCAUGCGUUACUAUGUAGAGAAAAAAACUCCACUACGCAUGCGGCUGUUUAUCAGGGUUUACUGAAUUAUCAUUAUGUGGGGAAUAAUAAUAACUUUCACUCGUGCAGUUAUAGGGAAAUAAAACUUUUAGAGCACA